AUGUCUGUAUCGAAAAAAGUGACCACGACGGUUCCCAUCACAGACGCCAUUGUAGCCACCUUCCAGCCCUCAAAAGCACUCGCGGGCCACGACGGCGCCUCCAUCACAUCCUUGGAUUUCGACGAUUCCGGCCAAUACCUUGUUUCCGCCGGCGUAGACAAGUCUAUCCAGGUAUACGACUGCUACAAGGGAACGCGCCAUAUCGAGGUUCCCUCGCAGAAGUACGGCGCCCAUCUUGCCAAAUUCACACAUUCGUACGAAUGCCUAUAUGCGUCUACGCCUCUGGUGGGCACCGCCGAUCCGGAUCACUCGAUUCGGUACUUGGCAUUGUCCACCAAAAGCUAUCUACGCUACUUUAAAGGCCACAAGGACCAGGUGCUCCAGUUGGAGGUCAAUCCUGUUUCUGACCAGUUCAUUACCUCUUCGGCAGACCACACGGUGAAGAAUUGGGACCUCCGCUUGUCUGCUCCAACGGGAAGUAUUGGUGUAAGUUCUGCCUGUAUUGUCGCCAGUGAUCCUAGAGGCAUUGUAUUUGCAACUGCAGCAACCGUAGAUGGUAGUAAAGGCACAGUCUCCUUCUAUGACGGCGCCGCGUACGAAAAAGGGCCUUUUUUGGUUUCUGAGAUCCCUGCGGGCGGAGAGAAGUGGACCAAGUUGGAGUUUUCCAACAAUGGCCGAUACCUCCUCAUCGGCACCGAUUCCUACAAGCACUACGUGUUGGACGCCAUUCUGGGGAAGCUUCUUACAAAUCUCGUGGUGCAGGGUCUGAGAUCAUGGCCUGCUCUAGAUUACUCGACCACCGGAUGUGUGUGCUUCACUCCGGACGGAAAGCUCGUGAUGGCAGGAAUGUCCAACGGCAACAUCUCUGUGUUUGAUCUUCUGGUUCUCAAGGCUUCCACCGAAAAGGUUGACUUGCGACCCUAUACGAUUUUGCGGUCCGACGCUACGGCGGCCAAGAUCUUAGCCUUCAAUCCAAAGCUCCUAACGUUCGCGUCCGCUGACGAUCAAGUGGUGCUCUGGUCUACGAAUCAUGAGUAA